UCAUUCAUUAUUUUACUUACUUACUUACUACUACUACUACUGCUACUGUUAUUUAUUUUUGUUAAUAAUAUUAAAAAUGUCUUAAUUAUUUUGAUUCUUUUCGUAUUUCUAUUCAUUCCUUCCUUCAUUCAUUUAUUCAUUCCUUCUUUAUUUAUUUACUUUACUUACUUACUUACUUACUUGCUUACUUACUUACUACUAUUACUACUGCUACUGUUAUUUAUUUUUAUUGGUAAUAAUAAAAAUGGUUUAAUUAUUUUCAUCCUUUUCGUAUUUCUAUUCAUUCAUUCCGUCAUCCAUUCCUCCCUUUAUUCCUUCCCUUCUUCCUUCCUUUUUUCCUUCCUUUAUUCCUUCCUUCCUUGAUUACUUCUUUACUUACAUAUUUAUUUACAACUUAUCCUUUACAUUUUUCCAUGAUAUAAAGCAUUUUGUUGCCUUUUUCCUUCUUCUCUUCCUUCCUUCCUUCCUUUCUUACUUACUUUCUUACUUACUUUCUUUCUUUCGUACUUACUUCCUAUCACAGCUACUAUUAUUACUAUCAUUAUUGAUAGUGAUAAUAAUAAUAUUUAGUUAUUGAUAAUGAUAUUAGCA